AACUUGACUUUGAUCUUCGCCACGAAACUUUUUCAAAAGUGCAUUAAAAGUUCCCGCUCGGAGGCGAGGAGAUGUUGCGGUUUUGCGUCCUUUUGGCCGGGACCCUGCGCUAAACAGCUGACAGCGUCAGACCGGAAACCUUCGUGGAAAAAAACAGAACAAGUUAGCCUUUAGCUUUAGCACCCAUCCGCUAUCUGCCGGGUUUUAUCCUCCACGUCCAGCCAUGGCGGCGUUCAUCCAAUACGACGCCUCGAACGGGACGAUUUGUGGUUCUGAGAACUUGGAGAACUCACAUGUGAAGGUCGCGGCCGACUUCAACAUGAGGAAGUGAUCCGUCAGGUGACAGGGCUUCAGUGGCUGUAGCCAUCUUGGGAUUGGUGAAGGUCAGCGCUCCAUGAACAUGCAGCCGAGCCACCUCCAGCUGCUGGCCCAGCUGAGGAGAAGGUCUCGACUCCGGAAACUGGCGGUUGCCCUGGCUUCAGCUUAUGCCUUGAGAAAACUGACAGUCUACCUGUGGAGGAAGAGACAGGGAGGAGCAGCGAAACACCUGUGUGGGAAUGACAAACCUGAUGCUUUCAUCAAGAGUCAGGACAGGAAGGAGCUCAAGAGAAGAGAUUUUGCUGUCCAGCUGACUCGUCUCUUAAAGCUCCUGUUUCCACGGCUACUCUGUCGGGAGGUGGGACUUCUGGUCCUGCACUCCCUCACGCUGAUGUCCAGAACCUUCUUGUCCAUCUACGUGGCCUCUCUGGACGGCGCCAUCGUCAAGUGCAUUGUGCAGAAGAACCCCAGGGCCUUCGUGCUGCAGCUGGCCAAAUGGCUGCUGGUGUCGGUCCCGGCGACCUUCAUCAACAGCGCCAUCCGCUUCCUUGAGGGGCAGCUCUCGCUCAACUUCAGGACCAGGCUGGUUAACCACGCCUACCAGCUAUACUUCACCAAUCAGACCUACUACAGGGUCAGCAACAUGGACGGGCGCCUGAACAACCCAGACCAGUCCCUCACUGAAGACAUCGUGAUGUUCUCAGCCUCCGUCGCUCACCUCUACUCCAACCUGACCAAGCCGGUGCUGGACGUGGUGGUCACAUGCUACACUCUACUGAGGACCGCCCAGUCCAAAGGUGCCAACACCACCUGGCCGUCUGUCAUUGCUGGACUGGUGGUGGCGCUCACUGCACAGGUGCUUCGCUGCUGCUCUCCUCAGUUUGGGUCCCUGGUGGCUGAAGAAGCCAGGCGGAAGGGAGACCUGAGGUUCCUGCACUCGCGCAUCAUCAACAACUCAGAGGAGAUCGCCUUCUACGGGGGACACCAGGUGGAGAUGUCUCUGCUGCAGAGGAGCUACUCCUCGCUGUCCUCUCACAUCCACAACAUCCUUCUGAAGCGUCUCUGGUUCGUCAUGUUGGAGCAGUUCCUCAUGAAGUACGUGUGGAGCGCGGCCGGGCUGGUGAUGGUCGCUGUGCCCAUCAUCACCGCCACAGGAUACUCCCAACACGACUCCGAAGAGGUCAAACUGGCCGCCAUGGACAUGAAGGAAGAAGAGCUGGUGAGUGAGAGGACGCAGGCCUUCACCACGGCCAGGAACCUGCUGAACUCUGCUGCGGACGCCGUGGAGAGAAUCAUGAGCUCCUAUAAAGAGGUGACGGAGUUGGCCGGGUACACCACUCGAGUCUCUGAGAUGUUCGACGUGUUUGAGGAUGUGAAAGAUGGAAUCUACAAGAGGUCAAAGCUGCCAGAAGGUGAAGCAGAUGAGCACGCUCUGAGGGUCAGUGGACUCCUGGAGCAGCGAGGCCGUGUGAUCAGUGUGGAGAAGGGGAUUUGCUGUGAGGACCUGCCAAUCAUCACGCCGACUGGAGACGUGGUGGUGUCCAGUCUCAACAUUCAGGUGGAGGACGGCAUGAACGUUCUGAUCACGGGGCCCAACGGUUGUGGAAAGAGCUCCCUGUUCCGGAUCCUCAGCGGACUCUGGCCCGUUUACGGCGGCGUUCUCAACCGUCCUGAGCCAGAGCACAUGUUCUAUAUUCCUCAGAGGCCCUACAUGUCCGAGGGGACGCUGAGGGACCAGGUCAUCUACCCGGAUUCGGCGGAGCAAAUGGUGCAGAAGGGAGUGACAGACUCAGACCUGGAGAGCAUCCUGCGCAUCGUGCACCUGCGCUACAUCUUGGACCGUGAGAGAGGGUGGGAGUCGGUCAGUGACUGGAAGGAUGUGCUGUCUGGAGGAGAGAAGCAGAGGAUGGGCAUGGCUCGCAUGUUCUACCACCGACCCAGAUACGCUCUGCUGGACGAGUGCACCAGCGCUGUGAGCAUCGACGUGGAGGGACAGAUCUUUAUGGCUGCGAAGGAGGCGGGAAUAUCCCUGCUGUCCAUCACCCACCGGCCCUCACUCUGGAAGUACCACUCUCACUUGCUGCAGUUCGACGGAGAAGGAGGAUGGAAGUUCGAACCACUGGACGCCUCCACUCGCACGUCCCUGCAGGAGGAGAAGCAGAGGUUAGAGAAUCAGUUGUCAGGGAUUCCCAAGAUGCAGCAGCGUCUGUCGGAGCUGUGCGUCCUCCUGGGCGAGGGAGAGGGUGAGAGCAGUGGCUGAGAGGAGCCGCCGCCGCGCCACUUAGCACUGGUCCCAGAUCAAGGUCAAAGGUCGUGCCCGCAGCAGGAGGACCACGCCUUUUUAAACGUCAUCACGUCAGUUGUUUAUUUUAAUGAAUAAUUUUAAUGAAUUAGAUCAGGCAACGCGAGGCUGAUCAGGAGUCAUUUAACUUCGGAGAACAUUUCCCGGUGCAGAAGAUGAAGAUGUCCUUUGAUUUCACCGUUUCAGAAGUCCACUUGUUUUGGCUUCACGACUGACUUUUAUGUGUUGUUGCUGACACAGUAAUAAAAAUGUGGACUCCUGGAGUGGUUGCAGUC